AUGGAGGUUGAAUACAAAGCAUCAUCAGGCUUGCAGACAGCCUGGCUAUUAGCCACAUUAGGCUCUAAAGCAUCUUCAAGAAGCAAGAUCAUUAGAAAAGAAGAAAUCAUGCAAGUGCUGAUUCCACGGAUCUGUAGAGAAUUGAUUGAACAACCAGAAACAAACAUAAAAUAUCAAUCGCAUAUCCUUCAUGGCAUCUCAAUUAUCUAUACAACCAAAACAUCACACGUUCUAAAUGAUGUCAAUUACAUUCAAAUGAGAUUGCAAAACUCUCAUCGUUUUUUGAGUAAAGAAAGUUUGGAAAAGCCGAGUAAUGUAAGUAGUAAACGAGGGAGAUAUCUUGAAGAUGAUGCAAAUUUUUACUUGAAUUUGGACCUGAUGCCAGAGUUGGACUUGGACUUGGAUUUGGAUUUGGGAACUUGUCAAGAUGAUAAUCUGGCUGCCAAAAGAAGAAAAUUACAAAUUGCCAAAUUUGACCAGAAUGAGUUUCCUGUUACCUUUGAAAACAAAAUUGAACAAGUUGGUGGGUUGGCAUUUGCCCUUUCAAUGAAUGAGCAGGAAAGUAAAGAAGUUGAUGGAUUCUUUGACACUUCUUUCAAUUUCGGUGGGUUUCGAAACGGGAACGAAGAAGAGCUCUUACAGGAUCAAAAACAUGGCGUGAGGAUGGAAUUUGAUGAAGAAGGAAACUUGCAAGAAAUUCGUCAAAAAGAGAUGCAAAAUGAACUAUUGCAAAAUGGUGGUGAUGACGAUGACGGUGAUGCAAACUUUGACUUGGAGAUCUCACGCUUACAACAAGAAGAUGGCUUGAAUCUGUCAAGCCAAGAGUUUGGAAUGGAACAGGAAUUCCAAAUGUCAACAAACGCAGUGUCAAAUCAAGCACAAACCAGUGGUGGUGGUAGCAGCAGCCGCCUAGCACAAAAUCGACUUUAUAAACUUCGCCUUGAUAAUGAGUCGACAAUGCCUAGGGAUGAAGCUAUUUUGAACCAUUACAAUUAUAUCCAUAACAUGAAACAGAGAAUGCCCUGUAAAAUACACAAUAUUAGUGAAAUAAUAGAGUCAAUAAAUCAUUCAUAUUUGCGUCCCUGGGUGCGUGGCACAAACAAUACACUUGUCAAUUCGAUGCUCGAAGAGUCGAUAUCAAGAACUAUGGGGGUUUAUCAACGUACCGAAAUUAUGGAAAAUGAAGCUUCUGAACAAGCUAGAAAUGCGCAACACAUUGAACGGUCGCGAAAUUAUGAUCAAAGUGUAUUAGAGUAUGGAGAGGAAUUGAGAUUGCAAGAUGAAGUGUUUGAAGAGGACUUGUUAGGUAUGGACUUGAAUUUGGAGCAGUCAGAUGAAAAUAAUGAACAAGAACAAGAACAAGAACAAGUUGAUAUUGAUCAUGAGGAAAACCACCACAACCACCAAGAAAUAUCCUUUGAAUUUUCUCGUAGCUCUUCAAUAAAUUCAAGUGAGGUGGAAAAACUGUUGACUCCUAGAUUAAACCAUUUUGUCAAGUAUUUUAAAAGUAAACUGAUUGAAUUAGAGCUGUUCGAUGUCGAUUGUAAUACUUACCAACUAAAAUUUCUGGAGUUGGUUCCAGAAAUUACUACACCCACACAUGAAACGGCGCCAGUCUCAAAAAAAUUGGCUGCAAAUGCAUUUGCAAGUAUUUUAUUUCUUGCCAGCAAAGGGCUCAUGGAAAUUAAAUCAAAAGUGCCGUCUCAAGAAAAUCAAUUAUUAAAGGCAUGUGACAUCACCAUGGUGAUGUCACUAUAA